GGAAGAGCAAAUUCUAGGGUUCAAUUUGGAUCAUAAUUUAAAGCCCUAAAUUAUCACUCUCCUGAUCAAAAAUUUCAAAAUCUUCGCAAAUUGCGGAAAAAAUCGUGGGGCUUUUGUAUUCACAAAUUGGAUUCUGCUAUACCAACAUCUCCAGUAGCUGAUUCGUCUUGCAACAAUGACUGAGUAUUGGGUUAGUCAGGGAAAAAAAUGGUGUGACUUGUGCAAAAUCUUCAUAUCCAAUAAUCCUUCGAGCAUCAAGAAUCAUGAGCUUGGCACACGACACAAAGAUAAUGUCACCAAGAGGUUGUCUAACAUGAGAGAAGAGAAAGUUGCUAAAGAUAAAGAAAAAAAGGAAACUGCCCGUGUUCUCACCAAAAUUGAAGAGAAAGCAAGUCUUAGUUAUCAAAAGGACAUAUCAACUUUUCAGAAGGCCAGAGAUACCAAUGCAAAUUCAUUAGGUGGUAGUGGAGGGAUAGCUGAUGGCUCUACAAUGUCUGGAGAGUGGGAGCAUGACACCUCAUCCGGUUAUUACUACAACCAAACUAACGCUUGUUAUUACGAUCCAAACUCUGGCUUCUACUACACUGAUGCUUUAGGUAAGUGGGUAACACUGCAAGAAGCUCUUGCUGCUACAACCAAACUUUCUUCCGAACCUAUACAAAAGAAACCGAAUUUUGCCACGUCAUCGUCAUCAUCAUCAUCCUUGCCUUCGAAAACUCAACCCCCAACACAAUCUGCUAACAGGCCAUCAUCUCUUUACAUAAACAAAAGAAAACGACCAGAUUAUUCCAAGCCAAAAGUUGUGUCCCAAGAGGAAGCCGCUGCACUCAAGGCACGCGAGGCAGCAAGAAAGAGAGUCCAGGAGCGAGAGAAAUCCUCACUCGGUCUUUAUAAGCACUGACUGUAUUAUUCUGUCAUGUCCUGUCCUGUAUCCUGUUGAGACUGAUAGAUAAACCGGGUAUUUUUUUCUUUUUUUGAAGUCAUACAACAUUAUCUUUUGAUUUUUUUUUAAAACUUUAAUUUGAUAAGGUGACCAUAAAUAACUAAAAUUAUAUGUUGUAAGUUUUGGCAAAAAGGUAGGGGGGGCCUGGUGUUGGUGGUUCGUCGGUGAUGGUGACAAUGGAGUCUACUUGGUUGACUUUAGAUGACCAAUUUUGGUCACAUAAAUCGGCCAUUUUAAUUCCCCUACGGACCCCCCUUCUAUCCUUACACGGUUCCCGACAAAUGGUUUUAUAUUUUAUAGUAUUACAUUUGGUCUGAUGUGGUUAUAUUUUAUUAAAAACAUGAUAACUUGAAUAUGUC